AUGAUCUGGUCGUCGGCUCAACCUCAUUCAGUCAAGUUUAUGGUUGAUCGUGUAUUUGGUGAUAGAGCUCGGCAUCUCAUCGCUGUCUGGGACAGGACUUACUUUGGGCUGACUCCAAAACAAUACCACGCUAAGACACCCACAGUCAAGGAUCUCAGGCGACCAUGGAUCUCUCUUCCGGAACCAUACAGUCAUUCUCGCCGGACAACGCUGCUCCUAGAUGAUUCCGUCGAUAAAGCCCAGCAACAGCCGAAUAAUCACAUUUGUCUGACUGAAUACACCGCUGCUCGGCGCAAGCUCGAUUGCCAGACUAGACUACGUGUCUUGCAGCAUUCUACUAUGGAUAUAGCGGAUCCAUCGUAUGAUUCUAUAUUAUUGGCGAUGGUAGGAAUCAUAGAAGCUGCUCGUAACCAGCCGGAUGUUGCAAAAUGGCUGGCGACAGGAGGACUAAGAAAGAUAGACACUCAACACAAUCCUAUCAGCGAAUAUAAUGCCACCAAGGGAAAUCAAUCAACCCCUUUGAACGAUGUUUCUGGCCUCUGGUUUGACGACCCUGAUGUUUUGCGAUUUUGGACCCGUCGGGGACAGGAAACGCUCUCAAAACUCGAUAUUCCCAUCAUUCCUGGGGUUGUGCUCUGA